UCUUUUGCUUGGUCUGUCCGUCACUGCGUCAAUAAUAUUAUAUUGCAGCUGCAAAGUGCCAACGGCCACCCAACCAAAGCUGCGCAUCCUCACUGACGAGUGCGUAUCUUUCAACUGCUACCCGAAGCAAAUCGAUCCUCCGAUAAUCUAUCAAUUUCAUACAUACAUACAUGUACAGCUGCUGUACUUGCACAGUUAGUUUCAUCAUAAGCCCAACCAACCAAUCCUCCACUCAUUCAUUAGCUAGCUAGCCACACCACAGUAUUUAAUCCACCAUGAAGUUCUCUGUUUGCAUCUCGUCUCUCCUUGCAGGAGCUGCUAGCUCUUUUGUGCUUCCUCAGACUCCCACCACCACGACAACAGUCACGCAACUGUCGGCAUUCCGACAACCCAUCAUGGCCGGGAAUUGGAAGAUGAAUCCGGAAACGGAAGAAGAAGCUCUCUCUUUGGCUUCCGAAGUGGCCGAGAGACUGGGUGCAGAGACGUGUGCUACGGGCGGGGAUAGUGUCGAUGAAAGUACCUGCACCGAAGUGGUCGUCUUUCCACCCUUUCCAUUCAUUAGCAAGGUCAAGGAUGCCGUGGCAGGUGCCGGACUUGUCGUGGGCGCACAAAACUUUUUUUACGAAGACAAGGGAGCCUUUACCGGAUCCGUCAGUGCCAGUAUGGUCAAAUCCACAGGAUGCGAAUAUGUCCUCUGUGGACACUCUGAACGAAGAACUCUCUUUGCCGAUUCUGAUUCCAACAUUAACCUGAAGGUCAAGAAAACCUUGGAUUCUGGCAUGAAACCCAUUCUGUGCAUUGGUGAAACUCAAGAAGAAUUCGAAAUUGGCAUCAAAAAGGAAGUUUGCGCCACACAACUGUCCAAGGAUCUGUACGGAAUCACCAAAGAACAAAUGAAAGAUGUCGUCAUUGCCUACGAACCAGUAUGGGCCAUUGGAACCGGAUUGGUCUGUGGAGCAGAAGAUGCCAAUGAGAUUCAUGCCUACUGCCGAGAGGUACUCACUAACCUAUUCGACGAAGAAGUCGCACAAGCCACACGAAUCCAAUAUGGGGGAAGUGUCAAGCCCGAUAAUGUCGAUGAUAUCAUGGCCAUGCCCGAUAUCGAUGGAUGUCUGGUCGGUGGAGCAUCCUUGGAGGGAGAAGGAUUCGCCAGAAUUGUCAAUUUCAAACGAGCAGAGUAAAUAAAUGAAGAGUACAAAUAAAAGGAGGCUGGAAGAAGGAAAAUACUACACGACAUGAAAAUGACAUGAAAUGAAAUGGAUACAAACACAACAUAACUGACCGACACAGGUCGCUCGUCAUUGGAAAAAUAAACAGUAAAAUUCAACUCGUGGUGCUUUCCUCUGAGGCAUUCCACCAACAUUUGAUGUUCAACAUUUGAUGUUGUUCUUGGUGGGUCUCCGGUCAGAUCAGGCUUUGAAGAAAAGCUGUUUCGACGGGCAACAACUCUUAAAAAAAACACAUGUAGUCGUGUUGUUUGCGUCGGGAUUGGUUGUUAGGCAAAGACAAUGCAUCCAAGUCCUCUGGAUGACCUUUGUAGAGAUAUAAUAUGUACGUUCGUGGUUGUGCCUUGAGCAGAAAGGCACAGCAUGAUUUGCCCAUACCGGUAGCGCAGAAACAAAGACUGCGUUUAUCGGCGAAACCAUUGCUUAGGGUGGCAACCCCAACCAGUUACAAUAUGAACAACUGGAAACAGGAGCAGAGGACUCUGUUUUAACUGAGCACCAAAAUCAACUUCAAGUGCAUGUACCAUUGUUGGGAUCAGGAAGCAAGUAAAGUGAUCCAGAGUCAUUGCGACUGGUACCGGUACGAGGUUUGCUUCAAU